AUGAGGAGAAGGAAGGUGACAUGGAGAAUCAAAGACGAGUCGCUAAAGGAGAAAGCCAACCCAAGCAUAGCAGCAAGGCAAACGCUGAGCAUAAGGAAUGCAACCUUUAGGACAUUGACUCCAGGAGCUAGGGCUCCAAGCAUGACGGCUUCAGCUGAUGAACAACCUCCUUUACUCGAUUGUCCGAUCUCCAUAGCUGCAAAGCUUUCAGUAAAACUUCUGCGUGCGUCAGAGAGCGAGAGAUAUCGGGGCCGAAGAAAAAUUCAGAUCUUCGGUACUGCAAAUAAGGAAACGGCCUUUGGUACCCAAGCAAAUACUGAUCCCUCUUUUCCCCCUCGGCCCCAUACGACAGCUGUGGGCCGGGCCUCCCCACGUACAUCAUCGGGCCCGACACAAACUGGUUUCCCCACUGAUCAUACAUUUCAAAGCCCAAACGCUCGUUCGGGCCCAAAUCCACAAACGAGGGCACGUUUAAAUGAACCGCGUUCUGACAGCUGUUCCUAUAGUGAUACAGCCACUCGGAAGAACUCAUGCCGAGGAAUGGAGGCCGUGCAGCGGGUCCCGCGCCAAGAAUACCGUCCACCUCGGGCAAAAAAGACGGAUUUGCCCUCAGCCAGGUGGCAUUGUCCGGUAGCAGAGGGGCCGAGGGCACCGGCGUGGCUCGAAGAGGCGGCUCGUGAAUUAUGGUCGAAUUUUCCCCCGUCGUCGUCAGUUUCGGGCCCUUGCUUUCGCGGAUCGAGAGUUCGCCAAGGGAUGUCGAUACGGUUUCUUCUACUAUCGGGCUUAGAAGCUUCCGGUUGUUUGAACCGUGGGGCCCGCUCUCCCGCUCGAUGUUCCACGCGCUCAACGACGGGGGUCCCACACGAUGAUGCUCGUUGUGUCCGGUGGGAUUGGGUGUGGAGUGGAAGCUAA